AUGAACGGAGUCGCUAGAGGUCGUGCCACGAGAGGGCGAGGUGCCCGAGGACGUGGUGGCAGAGUUAGAGGUUGUGGAGGCGGGGGUAGAGGUCGUGGACUUCCGGUGGAUUCGGCAGAGAGUGCAGCGCCGAGUGUGGCGACUGCGUCGGUGACCCAGUCGGUAUCUGUGGCAAGUGAGGCCAGUGUGGAUGCCAGUGUUGGUUUGGGAGAGGGGGCGAAAGCUGCAGAGGUUGUUCAGCCGCAGGCUGCGGAUUUGGUUGUUCCGCCCUAUCUAGAGAUGAUGGUGCUGAUGCAAAGGAUCGGUACACCAGUCUUUGAGGGCGGAGUUGGUCCAGAGGAGGGAGACGCGUGGCGUCAGAGGCUGGAACGGAAUUUCCAGACGAUUUGUUGUCCUUUGGAGUAUCAGGUUGAGCUGGCGGUUCAUCAUCUGAAUGGUGACACGCAUCUGUGGUGGCGGUCUAUUGUAGGCCGGAGGGCGGUUUGGACUUGGGGCGAGUUCCUUGCGGAAUUCAACGCCAAGUAUUUUCCUAGAGAGGCGCGGGAUCGUCUUCAAAUGCGGUUUUUGUCGAUAUCGCAGGGUAAGCGUUCGGUACACGAGUAUGAUGCCGAGUUCACUAGGCUAUUGGUGCCUGUCGGCUGA